GCGCGGCAGAGGGACAAUCGGCGAGAAGCGGCGGGUAUCAAGGAGAAGCUAGAGAGAAGGAGGAAAAACCCGAAAGUGCUGGCGAACUUUCCGCCGCGCCGCCCCUGGAGAUGGACACACUCGGCAUUGACCCUUCCUACGCUGCGUACCAACACCAGCACCACAACCACACCCAUGGACACUUCGCAACGCAGCAAUUACCAUCGAUCACUGCGCGCAAGCGCAAGGCUGAUGCGCCACCAGAGAACAAUGAACGGCUUUCCAAGCGGAUGAGUUUGUUGAACCUCGAACAAUCCGGCCAAAAGUUGCUCGUCCCGGUCGAGAAUAUAAGGUCUCAUUUUCCGGAUCACAUCAACAAAUCUCAUGAGAAUAAGCAAAGGCCAGGCGAUGUUGAUGAUUCCCGAAUGCAACUCGACGACACCAAGUACAAAGUCUACAUCAACAACCUGGACGACGAACUGGCCUCUGACAACGAAAGCGACGGCGAAAGCGGAAUGGUAUUCCUUCCAGACAUUGAGAAGUAUCUACGCGCCACCCGUAUCCCGACCCGUGUGCUCGACCCCCGGCCCGACCCCGCUGCCGAACUGGCGGGCAAGGAGCUGGUGCUGUACAGCGAACCAAGUUCCAUCUCGGUUCCCAUAGAGCAGGACAGUGUACGCAGGGCCAUACUGGAAGCAAGGGCACGGGCGCGGGAGAAGCAACGGGCCGAGCGUGAGCGGGAGCCGGCUGCUUGCCAGGCGCCGGUCCCUGGGCCGAUGACGACACUGUCGGCACCAUCAGCGAGGAUGCUUGUAGGUGCUGUUUCAGGAUUAGGGCACGUGGAGGAUCCGGAUGCGAUGGAACUUGAUUAAACGGGUUCGACGGCGGCUGUUAUU